AAUUCUGGUGGUGGUGAGCGGCAUGGCGAGCGAGUGCGUCGCGGCCGGCGAGGCCGAGCCGGCGCUGCUGAGCGCGGCGCAGCGCGCGCGCGCCGAGCGCGAGCGGCAGAGGGCGCGCGCGCUGCGCGAGGCGCGGCUCGUGCUGCGGCCGCGCGGAGACGCGGCAGAGAGGGGCGGCGUCCGCGAGGUGGCCGUGGGCAAGGCGCGCGCCCUGGACACGGGCGGCGGCUUCCUGCUGGAGCAGCAGGCGGUGGCGCCCGCCGCGCCCCGCGCCGCCCCGCCCGCGCCCCUCGUGCACGCCACGCAGCAGCCGCGCUGCCUCGAGUGCGACCGCCUCUUUCCCCAGUCGUACCUGUUCGACACCUUCGACUACAGCGUCUGCGACGAGUGCAGGGACGACGAGGGCGCGCACGCGCUCGUGACGCGCACGGAGGCGAAGAGCGAGUUCCUGCUGAAGGACUGCGACCUGGACGCGCGCGAGCCGCCGCUGCGGUGCGUGCGGCGCCGCAACCCGCACCGCGCGCGCUUCGCCGAGAUGCGGCUCUACCUGCGCGCGCAGGUGGAGGAGCGCGCGCGGCUCGUGUGGGGCUCCGAGGAGCGCGUGGAGCUGGAGCGGGCGGCGCGCGCGGAGCGGCGCGAGCGCGCGGGCGCCAAGGCGGCGCGGAGGCGCCUCUCCGCGCUGCGCAUGGCCGUGCGCUCCAGCCUCUACGACCGCUCGUCGCGCGCGCACCGGCACCGCUUCGGCGAGGAGCGCCACGACGCCGACGCCGACGAGUAUUCGCGCACGUGCGAGGAGUGCGGCCACGUCGAGACCUACGAGAAGAUG